CUUUGUUUCAGGCGUAGACCAACAUGCCAUUGGUGAAGAGAAACAUCGAACCCAGGCACCUGUGCCGUGGGGCGCUGCCAGAUGGGGUGACCAGUGAACUGGAGUGUGUCACCAACAGCACUUUGGCCGCUAUCAUCAAACAGCUGGGCAGUCUGAGUCGUCAUGCAGAGGACAUUUUUGGAGAAUUGUUCAAUGAAGCCAACAGCUUCUACCUGAGGAUGAGCAGCCUGCAGGAGAGAGUUGACCAGCUGGCUGUGAAAGUCACCCAGCUCGACUCCACCGUGGAGGAAGUUUCUCUCCAGGACAUAAACAUGAGGAAGGCCUUUAAGAGCAGCACCAUCCAGGACCAACAGGUGGUGUCCAGGACCUCUGUCCCCAACCCUGUGGUGGAGAUGUACCAUCGCUGUGACAAACCCCCGCCCCUUAACAUCCUCAGCCCUUACAGGGAUGAUAAGAAGGAUGCUCUGAAGUUCUACACCGACCCCUCCUACUUCUUCAACCUGUGGAAGGAGAAAAUGUUGCAGGCCACCGAGGACAAACGCAAGGAGAAGAGACGGCAGAAGGGCUGUCCGGCCCAUCCCGACAGGCCCCACUCCAGACAGGCCCCACCCAGGAGCCCCCUGUCCAUCUCUGAGCAGCAGAGGCAGGUGGAAGAUCCUGGCAGAGAAGUGAAGAAGGUGCGAAAGGCUCGUAACCGGCGUCAGGAGUGGAACGUCCUGGCCUACGAUAAGGAGUUCAGACCAGAUGCCAGGCUGACUCCUUCUCCUUAUCAUGGCAUGUCCUCAGAAGGCUCCCUGUCCCCAGACAGCAGGUCCAUGGCGUCCGACUCGUACCCCGCCAGCCCCAACCACCCCUCCACCCAGGCCCCCAGCGCUGCCCACCCCGUUGACCACCACGGCAGAGACCACCCCAGCGCUGCAGCCCAGACACAGUCACUGGACCGCGGACUCCGGCCGGCGAACCAGCCCCCAGCAGGUGGAGGACCCCCACCGGGACGCCAUGUGGCUUCUCUGGGCCGGACUCCCUCAGGACACGGGGCCCCGGCCGGUGGAGACCCAACGGUUAAUGGUCCGAGGCAGCAGUCGGUUAAGGAGUAUCGCGCCGCUCAUAGCGGUCAGCCCUCUACUAUCCCAGAAUACUACAUCCCCCCCGCCCCUCCUCCUCCUCCCCCCACAAUCCCCUCCGCUCAAACGGCCUUCGACGCCGCCGCGGGCCCUCCCUCCGCCGCCACCGCCGCCGCAUCGGCCGUCCCCCCAACCUCCUCUGCCCUCUCCCGUCCCUACUCCCCUUCCCCUCCUCCUCCCCCGGCCAACUAUGUACCCUCCCCCUCCCACCCUCCAUCAGGUGCACCACCCGCCGCUCCUCCCCCUCCUCCACCCGGAGGCCCCGCCGGCCACCCGGCCCAUCCUUCGCCUCCGCACGCCGCUGUCGCCCAAUCCGCUGUGGACACGGCGCCACAGACGAGGAAGUCGACGAUGCUGGGGAUGAUCCCGAUGAGCGACGCCCGCUCCGACCUGCUGGCUGCCAUACGUAGAGGUAUCCAGCUGAGGAAGGUACAGGAGCAAAGGGAGCAGGAGGCGAAGAGGGAACCAGUCGGCAAUGACGUCGCCACCAUCUUGUCUCGCCGUAUCGCCGUAGAAUACAGCGAGUCCGACGACGACUCAGAGCUUGACGAGAAUGAGUGGUCUGACUAAAAGCUGAACGGGAGAGAGAGAGAGAGAGAGAGAGAGGAGAGAGAGAGAGAGGUGGGAGCUCGGUGGGUGGUGAGAUUAAAAACGGGAGCCGUUCGAACAUGGUGACGUAGAGGUGGAAAGGAUGGGGGUUUGGUUAGUUUGAAUCUUCGUCAUUAACAUCUGAACAAAAACCACUCAUUCAUACGUACAGUCACAUUCAUAAACACAUGCUACAGAUCAUCCUCUGUAUCACUGCCUCUCUGAACAUCGAGCACUUCUAUAGCAACAGGUGGGUGAUUUCAGCUUGCUGGGUUGCCCCUGGCGACACCUAUUCUUGAACUGAAACCCCGGUGGUGUGUGCGUGUCUAAACACCAGGGUGUGUGGUGUGAUAAACACAUGCGUUCACAUUCACACCAUUUCAAACCCCCUCCCAUCCCCCCCCGGUACGCUCAUUUUUAUCCACAAACACUCAACUGUGUAAAGUACGAAAACAGGCCAGGCUAAAUUUGAUGACAAUUAUUAGCAAUAUUACAGGCUCUCAAACUGUACGAAGGUGGGCCUCUAGGGGCAAACGUGUUUACACAACACAUGGUAUAGCACAAGAAAAAAAAGGAUUAUAGUGCAAUCUUGACUUACUGCAUCUGCCAAAUGUUGAACAAGACUUAAAACAAGUCUUGAAAAUCAGGGAAAAAUAGCUCCUUAAAGGAUUACGCCGCUUUGCCAGGGUGUGCCUGUUCAUACAAACAUGCACAAUGUCCAUAAAAACUCUAGUUUCGGGAGUUUGGCCCACGGUCAUUUUAACCAAAAUGGAACAAAAGAAGCAGCCCCAGUUUUGGUAAAAUUGUGACAAACUGUGGCUAGCAUGCUAAAUGUUUCAUAUAGCGUAGCAUGUUGGCUAAUCGCACUGUUAAGUAGCCCAAUGUAUAUGUUAUAUUUUUGUUACAACGUUUAAGAAUGAAUAAUGUG